AUGCGAAGCGCCCUGCGCGCCGCCCGCCUCAUGGCCGCCGCCGUGAGCACCGGGAGUGCGGCCGGGUCCGGGCCCAAGCGGCCGCGGCCCGAGCCCCCGCGCAUCGGCACCCACGACGGCACCUUCCACUGCGACGAGGUGCUGGCGUGCUACCUGCUGCGCCUCCUGCCCCGCUACCGGCCUCACUUCACCCCCCGGCAGGACGCAGAGGUGGUACGCACCCGGGACCCCCAGCGCCUGGCCCAGUGUGACGUGGUGGUGGACGUAGGGGGUGAGUACGACCCCGAGCGACACCGCUACGACCAUCACCAGAGGUCCUUCACGCAGUCCAUGCGGAGCCUCCGGCCCGACAAGCCCUGGACCACGAAGCUGAGCAGCGCCGGGUUGGUUUAUUGCCACUUUGGCUCCCAAAUCCUCGCGGGGCUCCUGGAGCAGCCAGAGGAUGGCCCCGUCGUGACGGCACUCUACGAUAAGGAUGCUCGGCGCCGGGUUUCCUCCAACGUGUGA